UGAGCGGGCGGAAGCGGAGGGCUGGGGCGCCAUGAGGGGCGUCGGGAGCAGCGGUGCCCUCCGCGCCUGGGCCGGCCCGCUCCUGCUCCCGAUGCCGGCCCGGCUGCCCCCGGCUCCUCGCAGAGGUGAGAGGCGCCGCAGCGCCGUGCUGCGGCCCCUCGGGGGGGGUGGCUGCCGGUGUCGGGUGAGCCCGGGCCGUGUCUGUGAGCGGCGCUGGGGCUGCACUGGGCGCUGGCCGGACUCGGUGUGGGAGCGGCCGCGGGGCCCGUCCCUGAGGCGCUGUGUGAGGGAGCGCUGAGCGCCUUCCCUCGGGGCUGGAACAAGGGGUUUUGCUGCUACGUUUGUUCGGAAGUCAUAUGAUGUCAGAAGAGUUGAUAUCACUCCCCUGGAGCAGAGGAAGGUGACUUUUGAUACCCAUGCUUUAGUGCAGGAUCUGGAAGCCCAUGUAAUUCAAAGGGUUUGGUUUGCUUUAUUCAUCCCUGCUGAGUUUUGAGCUGAUGUCUUCAUCAGACUAGCAACUGUCUUUUAAAAUCCCAAGUGAAAGUAGAAACUUUGUACAGUCAGAGGUUUUGGGAAGGAGCAAGCACAGACCAUCGUGUCGGCGUUGAUAACCCUGUCCAAUGUCAGCUUAGACACCGUCUACAAGGACAUGGUUACACAGGCCCAGCAGGAAAUAACUUUACAGCAGAUAAUGGCACAUUUGGACUCCAUUCGAAAAGAUAUGGUCAUCCUAGAGAAAAGUGAAUUUGCAAACUUAAGAGCAGAGAAUGAGAAAAUGAAAAUUGAAUUAGAUCAAGUUAAACAGCAGCUAAUGACUGAAACCGGUAAAAUCCGAGCUGACAGCAAGCUUGACAUAAACCUGGAGAGGAGCAGGGUGACAGAUAUGUUUACAGAUCAGGAGAGGAAACUGAUGGAAGCAACUACGGAGUUUCAUAAAAAAGAUGCAAAUACCAACAGCAUUAUCUCAGAAAUCAGUAAUAAAAUUGACACUGAAAUAGCUUCCUUAAAAACACUCAUGGAAUCGAAUAAACUUGAUACCAUUCGCUAUUUGGCAGCUUCAGUGUUCACUUGCCUAGCAAUAGCACUGGGGUUUUACAGGUUCUGGAAAUAGAUCUUCAUGGAAUGACUGCACUAAAUACAGACAGAAAAGGCCACCCAGGCAACACCACUUCGAUGAUAACCUUGGCACCUUUUGGUUUUGAUAUUCUAACUGUAUAAUAAAAAUGUUUUCAGAAAAUGUAACACGAAAGAUCAAAAUAACUGGGGGAAGGUAGCCAAAUAGUAAUAUUCCAUUGCCUCCUAUUCAAUACUGUAUUUAUUUCCAAGUAUUUCUUAUGCUAUACCAGAAAGUUUUCUGAUAUCUUUUAGAAUUGAAUUUGUUUUCUUUCUGGAAAAUUCUCACUCUCAGCUCCUUUCAAAAUGGAAAUAUUAAACAUUUUAUAUACACUAGAAAUGGGAGUACAAUUCCCAAAUUAGAGUUCCCAGUAUGGGGAUGCUAAUACCAGACUUCAAUCUAUCUAAUCUGAUCCAAGUAAAUUAAAAUAAUCUUGAACAUAGGUUCAAGAUUUUGCUUCCAGUCUGGUCCUCACUUUUUUGAUGAAUUGAAGCUUGGCCCUUUUGUUGUUGUUGUUUUGGGGUUUUUUUUUAAUCUACAUAUGUAAAAACACACUCCAGGGCUUUUACUAAAAAACCCUUUUUUUUUCCUUGGAAACUGAUUUACAUUAAGUCAAAAUCUCAUGUACAAAAUGUCUCUGUAGAUUUUUGUUAGUAUCUCCUGCAAUUUUUUUAAGUCAAAGAAUGGGAAACCUUCUCUGUCUUUACCUUUCCAAGGGGAAAUGCCUCCACUCUCAGCAGCUCUGUACAGCCCUGGGGCAGAUAAGUGCUCUUAACUUCCCCCUUCAAGUAGUGCAGAGUAGUUCCAAGAAACCUGCACAUAUUUUCCGGGCAUAGUAUCUGGCUUUUAAUAUGGAAAUACUCAGAAUCUCAGUGGUGCCAGGCUGAUGGUGGUGGUGGUGGUGGUGAUCCUCCUCCCCCCUCCUCCAGGCAUUUUCGUAAUCCCAUGGGAUACACUGACCCUUGUGACCACUCUGCCUUCUGCAAGGACUUGACAGCUCCUGUUGCAGAGUUGCAACACAAGUGGAUGCCUUCCAAAAGUGAAGCAGUUCCAUCUUGUUGAGUACAAAUGCAUUUGCUUGGUUUGAUUCUUUUAGUAUAAUAAUAUUUUUUUAAGUCUUUCUGGAUUAACAUUGAAGUAAGAAUAGGCCUUUUAUGGGCUAAGGACUGUUGUAGUGCUGAGUACUGGCAAUUUUUUUACUGCUAUUUUAUUCUGUUUACAGUUGAACUUGCUGGUAUUCUGCCAAUUCUUAUAUUCUCUGCAUUAAAUUAUUUAUCAUCUUCAUUCAAAAAAAUAAAAUUAAUUUCUUAUA